GCGGAAUGUAAUCGCCUCGGGGGUGGCUGACGUGGACCGCAUAGGAAGUCCUGGCGCCGAGACUCGGUCGCAACUUUAAAUUCGUUUAAUUUUUUUGUCAUCCGUCUGUCUCGAGGGGAAUGGGAAAGAUGUCUGUUGCUUCUGUUCUCACUUUCGUCACCUUGAGCGGGUUUUCCGCCGGGUUCUACCUGCCUGGCCUGGCGCCCGUCAGCUUCUGCCCGGAGGAGAGCAAGAGCGACACUUGCCCGUCCGUCAUUGAGCUGUUUGUGAACAGACUGGAUUCAGUGGAAUCUGUUCUUCCCUAUGAAUACAAUGCCUUCGACUUCUGCCAAGCAGAAGGAAAAAAGCGACCUUCAGAGAACUUGGGGCAGGUUCUUUUCGGAGAGCGGAUUGAGCCGUCCCCAUACUCGAUCUCCUUCAAAGCUGAGAAAACGUGCGAGAAGGUGUGCGACACUAAGGUCUACAGCGUUAAAAACACAGAAGACCAAGCAAAGCUGGACUUUCUGAAGAGAGCCAUGCAACUCAACUACCAGAACCACUGGAUCAUAGACAACAUGCCAGUUACGUGGUGCUACGAAGUGGAGGGCGCAAAGAAGUUUUGCAAUCCAGGUUUCCCCGUGGGCUGCCUCGUGUCGGCGGAAGGUGAACAAAGGGAUGCCUGCGUCAUCAACGAAGCUUUCAACAAGCCCAAUACUUACUACAUCUUCAAUCACGUGGACAUCACAAUCCUCUAUCACAGUGGCGAUGCUGAGCAUUCACAAGAGUCCAGGCUGGUUACUGCAAAGCUGGAGCCCAGAAGUUUCAAGCAUGCGACUGGGAAACCCGACUGCACAUCUUCAGAUCCCAUGGAUAUCCCUGUUGAAUUUAAGGAAGAUGUCAAGAUUACCUACACAUAUUCCAUCACCUUCCAGAAAAACGACAACAUCCGUUGGGCAUCACGAUGGGACUACAUCCUGGAGUCCAUGCCGCAUACAAAUAUUCAGUGGUUCAGCAUCAUGAACUCGCUGGUGAUCGUGCUGUUCCUGUCCGGUAUGGUGGCCAUGAUCAUGCUGCGAACACUGCAUCGCGACAUCGCCCGCUACAACCAGGCGGAGUCGGCUGAGGAGGUGCAAGAGGAGUACGGCUGGAAGCUGGUCCAUGGUGAUGUUUUUCGCCCUCCCAAAGCCAGCAUGCUCCUGGCUGUCUUCCUGGGCUCCGGCACGCAGAUCUUCAUCAUGACCUUCAUCACUUUGUUCUUCGCCUGCAUGGGCUUCCUCUCCCCGGCCAACCGCGGUGCGCUCAUGACCUGCGCGAUGGUGCUGUGGGUCCUCCUGGGCCUGCCAGCGGGAUACGUGGCGGCACGCAUGUACAAGUCACUUGGAGGGGAACGUUGGAAGACCAGUGUGAUCCUCACUGCUUUCCUCUGCCCAAGCCUCGUGUUCGUCGACUUCUUCACCAUGAACCUCAUCCUGUGGGGCGAGGGCUCCUCCGCCGCCAUCCCGUUCGGCACGCUCGUCGCCAUCCUCGCGCUCUGGUUCUGCAUCUCCGUGCCGCUCACCUUCCUCGGCGCUUUUGUCGGCUUCAAGAAGGAGGUCAUUGAGUGCCCAGUGAGGACCAACCAGAUUCCGCGCGAGAUCCCUGCUCAGUCCCUCUACACGCGGCCUUUGCCCGGCAUCAUCAUGGGAGGAAUUCUUCCCUUCGGAUGCAUCUUCAUCCAGCUCUUCUUCAUCCUCAACAGCAUCUGGUCCCACCAGAUGUACUACAUGUUCGGAUUCCUCUUCCUGGUGUUCAUCAUUCUGCUCAUCACCUGCUCCGAGACCACGAUUCUUCUCUGCUACUUCCACCUGUGUGCUGAGGACUACCGGUGGUGGUGGCGUUCGUUCCUCACGAGCGGCUUCACGUCCGUCUACCUCUUCAUCUACGCCGUGCACUACUUUGUGUCCAAGCUGCAGAUAGAGGGGAUCGCCAGCACCAUCCUCUACUUCGGUUACACCCUCAUCAUGGUGCUCCUCUUCUUCCUCUUCACCGGUACCAUCGGAUUUUUCGCUUGCUUUUGGUUCGUGCGCAAGAUUUACAGCGUGGUGAAGGUGGACUGAACAUUUCACAUCGAAUGAGUGAGGAGUGGGGCGGGCGG